AAUCUAGUUUCCCAUCAUGCUCUGCUCACAUAUUUGAGAGAAAAUGGCGCCGACUCCUGAGGGAGCCAUGGAUGAAAAAGGCCAGAAAACAACAAUAUUGUUUGAUGCUGCUAAGAGGGAGGUGUUUACUCCAAGUAACGGCUUCAAGAGCCUGAACAGGAAGCUACGAUCUUCGUGGAAAAUCAGCAUACACAGAGAUGAGAUUACAGAAGAGAAGAUUGGGCAGGCCAGGGUCUUCAUUCUGGGAGGACCCAGGGAAAAGUUCACCGCAGCUGAGUUUGACAGUAUCAAGAGAUAUAUUGAGUCAGGCGGUAGUGUCUUGGUGAUGAUGGGGGAAGGUGGCGAGACCAAGACAGACACAAAUAUUAAUUUCCUGUUGGAAGAUUACGGCAUCAUGGUCAACAAUGAUGCUGUGGUGAGAAACCACUAUUACAAGUACCAUCAUCCAAAGGAAGCCUUGAUAUCAAAUGGAGUCCUCAACAGAGAGAUCAGUCGAGCAGCAGGGAAGGCUGUACCAGGGUCAGGGACAGAUGACUCCAAUGUGUCACAGGGUUUAACAUUUGUGUACCCAUAUGGAGCGACCCUGAAUGUUGCUAAACCGGCAGUCCCUGCCCUGUCCACCGGUACGGUCUGUUUCCCCCUGAACAGGCCCAUCCUGGCCCUCCAUCAGUCAAAGUACUCCAGAGGAAAGCUUGCAGUGGUGGGCUCAGUGCACAUGUUCAGUGAUCAGUAUGUUGACAAAGAAGAGAAUAGUAAGAUACAGGAUGUGCUGUUCCCGUGGUUGACAACUGACACCAAAGUUCAUGCCAUUGAUGCUGAGGAUCCAGAGGUUGCAGACUACAACAUGUUACCUGACACAGCUAGACUGUCCGAGAGGUUGAGAGUCUGUUUACAGGAAAGUGAAGAGAUCCCACGGGACUUCACACAACUGUUUGAUGCAGGGAUAUACAAGCUGGACACAAGUGUGGUUCCAAAAGUCAUCAAGGCGUAUGAGACUUUGAAUGUGAAGCAUGAGCCGUUGACUCUCAUCACCCCCCAGUUUGAGACUCCCCUCCCUCCACUGCAACCUGCGGUUUUCCCACCAGCAUUCCGAGAGCUGCCAGCACCAUCAUUGGAUCUGUUUGACCUGGAUGAAGCUUUCUCCUCUGAGAAAGUUCGCCUUGCCCAGCUCACUAACAAAUGUACCGACGAUGACCUGGAGUACUAUGUGCGUGAGUGUGGUGACAUACUAGGGGUUAGUCCGAAGCUUCCUCUGGAUAGCAGGGACGCCAAGCACAUCCUGGAACAUGUCUUCACACGUGUGGAGUUCAAGAAACUCAAUCAGGAUCAUGACAUGGAUGUGGACACCAGGGCUCAUGGACCAAUGCUGACAGACUGAUUACAGCUCCAUGCAAUCCCUACAGUCACCUUAAGUACUAGUAACUAUCGCAGUAUCAGUGUACUAGUGCUGUAUGUAAGAAAUAAAACUGCUGUAUAAAAUCAAAUCUAGAUGUAAGAUAUUAUCAAUUUGUACCUUCAUGUACAAAUGUAUAUCUAAGCAAAGAUAAACAUUUUUUGUAGAGACCAAAUGAAACUUCAACAUCAUAAGUUUUCUUUGAAAGAAACUACCAGCUCAGAUGAGCUGUAGAUGGUCAAAAUGGUCAUGUGAUCACUAUCUUAUGUGGCACAUUUUGUUCACUGUACCUAGGACUGUACAUAACACUAUAUGUUUGUCAUUCAUUUUAAUUGCUUGUGUUCAUUCAGCAUUGUAUUAAUGUAUCAUUCUGAAAUAGAAAUGGUCUGAGAGGAACACUGAAAUUUUCAAACCUUACUCAUAAAUUGAUUUACUUUCUGUAUUAAAAUGCACAAUGAUGGUUAGACAAAGUUCAUACUUAUACGUUGAUACCAGAAUUGUUCACAACAUUUGGCAAAAGUUCAAUUCCAAAGUUUUUCACCAUCAAAGUCAUGUCCAUGUACAUGCAGCUCUACCAUAAUUACAUUUCAUUAUUUCACUGUUUUUGGUGUGUCAGCUUCUCCUAUAGCAAAUAUUGCCUUUAUUUAGAAUUGAACCAGUACACUGUAUUGGUAACUGUCCUAGCAAGUUCUCGUCCAUAAUAUAAGAAUUUAGUGAUUUUUCAAAAUGGUGUAAAUGAAAUGUUGUAUAAACUGUGUGUAAAGCUAUGGUAGGUAGUAAAGAAUUAAACAUUAAGCUGUGAA